ACUAGUGGCAUUAGCACUUGCCACCUCUCCUCCUCCUUUAUUACUUCAGCGGUACCGUCAACACACAACCACCCAAAAAAAUAACUUCAUUUCACUCUUUUCAACACCUCACUGCAUAGCUUCCGUAACUCUGAACAAGAUCACACACUACACCCUACUAAUAAAUACCCAAUUUAAUCUCAAAUCUUUCAAGCUUAAAAUGAAAUCCCCAUCAAUCCUUAAACAUUAAUAAAGACCUAUGAAAAUCCAGAUCCAAGAUCUUUCUUUUAGUACACUAUAGCUUCUUAUUUCCCACCAUGAAAUCUCUCAACACCAAUAUGGAUCUCUUAAAAACACCACUGGUUCUAAAGAUCACAGCUUUCUGUUUACUCUCAAUCACUUUCUUUUAUCUGGGCAAGCACUGGUCUUCAAAUGGGUAUCAACAACUUAUCUUCUUUUCAACACCGACAGAAUCGGUUUCCAUUUCACCAAACUUGAAUAAACCCUUUAACAUUACUGAUCUCAUUGCUCAAAAUCAAUCUCAAAUUGUUCCUGAUAAGACCCAGAAUGUAGUGUCUCCAACUCCUGCUCCAAUUGAUCAGAACUCAGUUGGGUCUGACUCGGAUUCGAAUAGGACUUUUGGGGUUAUUGAUAGUGAUGGAAAAAUGACUGAUGAUUUUGAGGUCGGUGAGUUUGAUCCUGAAAUUGUGGAGAGUUGGGGUAAUGAGAGUGGAGUUGUUGAGAGCGGAGAUAGUGAUGUUAAAUUUAAGGGUAUUAAGAGAUUUGAUCUGUGUCCUGAGAGUAUGAGAGAGCGUAUUCCUUGUUUGGAUAAUGUAGAAGCUAUUAAGGAGCUGAAGUCUACAGAGAGAGGGGAAAAGUUUGAGAGGCAUUGUCCUCAGGAAGGCAAAGGUUUGAAUUGCUUAGUUCCGCCGCCUAAAGGGUACAAACAGCCUAUUCCAUGGCCAAGGAGUCGUGAUGAGGUAUGGUUUAGCAAUGUUCCUCACUCACGUUUAGUUGAAGAUAAAGGAGGUCAAAACUGGAUCUAUAAAGAGAAAAACAAGUUUAAGUUUCCUGGUGGUGGUACACAAUUCAUUCAUGGGGCAGAUCAAUACUUGAACCAGAUUUCAAAGAUGGUUCCUGAGAUUGCAUUUGGUAGUCAUACUCGAGUUGUUCUGGAUGUUGGAUGUGGUGUGGCAAGUUUUGGUGCCUAUUUGCUAUCAAGGAAUGUGCUUACUAUGUCGGUAGCACCCAAAGAUGUCCAUGAGAACCAAAUUCAGUUUGCUCUUGAGCGUGGUGUACCUGCAAUGGUGGCUGCAUUUGCUACUCACCGUUUGUUAUAUCCAAGUCAAGCCUUUGAAAUAAUACAUUGUUCAAGAUGUAGAAUCAACUGGACUCGUGAUGAUGGAAUCUUACUCCUUGAGGUCAAUAGAAUGCUCCGUGCAGGAGGAUACUUUGCAUGGGCUGCACAGCCGGUUUAUAAGCAUGAGGCAGUUCUAGAGGAACAGUGGGAAGAGAUGCUUAACCUUACUACCCGUCUUUGCUGGACACUUGUUAAAAAGGAGGGAUAUAUUGCUAUAUGGCAAAAACCCAUCAACAAUAGCUGCUACCUAAGCCGUGAAGAAGGCACAAAACCUCCAUUGUGUGAUCCAGAUGAUAAUCCUGAUAAUGUUUGGUACGUUGAUCUGAAGGCAUGCAUCACUCGACUUCCAGAAGAUGGAUAUGGAGCAAAUAUUACCACAUGGCCUGCUCGUCUGCACACUCCACCUGAUAGGCUCCAGUCCAUACAAUUGGAUGCCUACAUAUCCAGAAAAGAGCUAUUCAAGGCGGAAUCAAAAUACUGGUAUGAAAUAAUAGCUGGCUAUGUGCGUGCUUGGCAUUGGAAGAAGUUUAAAUUGAGAAAUGUUUUGGACAUGAAAGCUGGCUUCGGAGGAUUUGCUGCUGCUCUGAUUGAUCAACAAUUUGAUUGUUGGGUUUUGAAUGUGGUACCUAUUAGUGGACCCAACACAUUACCUGUUAUAUAUGAUCGUGGACUUCUAGGAGUUAUGCAUGACUGGUGUGAACCAUUUGAUACAUAUCCAAGGACAUAUGAUCUUUUACAUGCAAAUGGCCUCUUUUCCAUUGAAAAGAAAAGAUGUAGUAUCUCUACCAUCAUGCUUGAGAUGGAUCGCAUACUCAGACCUGGUGGUCGAGCAUACAUUCGUGACACCCUCGAUGUCAUGGAUGAACUUCAAGAGACAGCAAAGGCCAUGGGUUGGCAUGUUGCAUUGCAUGAUACAUCCGAGGGUCCACAUGCAAGUUAUAGAAUCUUGACAUGCGACAAACGCCUCUUGCGGCCUUGAACAAAUAAGAUACAAAAAUGACUUGGUGAUUUUUGGAAGGUAACUGUAAAGGUUAGAUCAAGCAGACUCGAUUUCUUCUUUUUUAACACAGCAAACUAUAAUGGUCCUAGUUAAAAGAGUUUGAUUCCAGGUGGAAGAUUUGUUUCAUUUCUGUAGUGAUUAAUACCAAUGAAUGACUGAAAUUCUUUUGUUGUCCCAUCAUUUCAACUGGGAAUUUGCACCCAUUGUGAUGUGGAUCCGAUAAAGCAAAACCUGAGCAGCAGAGUGAUGGGUGGUGCAUCAUAGGAGAGAGUCCACUAUACUAGAGAUUGUGUAAAUUACAAAAAGAAAAAGCACCUCAUAGCAUGAGUUUCUUAAGAUGAAGCAUUUGUAAUGUUAUUCUUUAUUGAAUUAACACCAAUAUGUAAAUCCAGUACACAUUUUGGUUUGCUUA